AUGGGAUCAGUUUAUUCGAAGAGUCCAUCAGUGGUCACAUCACUGAGUAGUGUGUCUUCGUUUGGAAAGACGGGUUCAUUCCUCGAAUACGACCGUAUAAUCCAUCACUUGAAUAGUGGGGAUCUGAUUGAAGUACUUCGGGGUCCGUACAAGCAUUGGGCGAUCUUCGAGUCGGUCGACCGCUUCGGCAAUUGUAUGUGUUUUCACAUCACUGCCAUCGAAGAGCCCAUCGAUCGCAACGACUCCGGACUCGAGAAGAAUGACGUUCGCAAAGAGAUCUCAUUCGAUGGCAAAGCGCUUCUCAAAUACGAACCGCUGUUGGAUAUUCUUAAGGACACCGAUAGCCCGAAGCCGUCGAUGUGUCGGAUUAACAACCAGGAGAUAAUGGGACAGAGAAUGCGCAAAAUGAUCAACAAUCAGAUCCCAGACUUAAAUCAAGUGUUCAAAGUGUUGCACGCGUUUAAGGAUACUGUCCUUAAAUACUGUCUUAAAUCGUUGAAUUGCGAACAUUACUGUACUUUCUGGAAGUACGGCAUCGGGUGGUCAUCGCAGGUGAACAGCUUUAAAGACAUCAUAACCACAGCGUUGAAGACGGUGUCAUCGCUGUCUCGAACGGCCGCUGAUGUCCUGCAACACAACGGCUGCUAUAAAUUGGGAAUCGUUUGUCUUUUAGUAUCGGUGAUCAGCGCAGAGGCCGCCCGAGUGGUCGAAGCAAUUGAUUUUACUCUUAAGGACCUACGAAUUGAAGACGUGGUCAGACAUGCGAUUGCCUACUGA